CUGCCGCCCCUCCGAACGGGGCUCCGGGUGGCGUCUUCGCUUCUGGGCUGGAGGCCCACAUAGCGCUUCCCGUAGCAGGCUGGGUUGGAGGGCAGGCAUGGUCUUGUGCCCCUUGCGGGGGCUUCGGGAGUGUCGGGUUGAGGGGUUGGGCAACCCUGGCGCUACGGGAACGUGGAGGCGGGGUUAGGAAGACAGGGCGCCGCCGCCGGCCUGAGCAGCCGGCGAGCGCUAGAGGGAACAGAGGGGACCUGUGUGGCCGGAGGGGCGGGUCCGACCCUGGGGAGGGAGGAGCCCUGCUUAGCCCGCACCGGUCCCCCUCCCUGCCCCCGGAGAGAGAGAGGUUCUUUGUCCAGCUGGGCUGCAGCGGAGGGCGAGGGGGAGGAGACACCGGGCCCUUCUCCAGUGUGGCCUCGGACCAAGUGGAUAAGGAACUGCACCCUAAACCUUGUGUCCGCUACCCCUGCAGGUGGUGGACAGUGGUGGUGCUGGCCACGCUCCCCUCCCUAGGGGCAGGCGGGGAGGCUCCUGAAGCCCCUCCGGAGUCAUGGACCCAGCUAUGGUUCUUCCGCUUUUUGGUGAAUGCUGCUGGCUAUGCCAGCUUUAUGGUGCCUGGCUACCUACUGGUGCAGUACUUCAAACGGAAGAACUAUCUGGAGACAGGUAGGGGCCUCUGUUUCCCCCUGGUAAAAGCCUGUGUGUUUGGCAAUGAGCCCAAGGCCUCCGAUGAGUCCCCCCUGGCUCCCCGGACAGAGUCAGCAGAGACCACCCCCACUUGGCAGGCUCUGAAGCUGCUCUUCUGUGCCACAGGCCUCCAGGUGUCCUAUCUGACUUGGGGUGUGCUGCAGGAAAGAGUGAUGACCCGCAGCUAUGGGGCCACGGCCACAACACCAGGUGAACGUUUCACGGACUCACAGUUCCUGGUGCUCAUGAACCGUGUGCUGGCACUGAUGGUGGCCGGCCUCUACUGUGUGCUCUGCAAGCAGCCCCGACACGGGGCACCCAUGUACCGGUACUCCUUUGCCAGCCUGUCAAAUGUGCUUAGCAGCUGGUGCCAGUAUGAAGCUCUCAAGUUUGUCAGCUUCCCCACCCAGGUGCUGGCCAAGGCCUCCAAGGUGAUCCCUGUUAUGCUGAUGGGCAAGCUGGUAUCUCGGCGCAGCUACGAGCACUGGGAAUACCUGACAGCCGGCCUCAUCUCCAUUGGGGUCAGCAUGUUUCUGCUGUCCAGUGGACCAGAGCCCCGCAGCUCCCCGGCCACCACACUCUCAGGCCUCAUCCUGUUGGCAGGCUACAUUGCUUUUGACAGCUUCACCUCGAACUGGCAGGACGCCCUGUUUGCCUACAAAAUGUCAUCAGUGCAGAUGAUGUUUGGGGUCAACUUCUUCUCCUGCCUCUUCACAGUCGGCUCAUUGCUGGAGCAGGGGGCCCUCCUGGAGGGGACCCGCUUCAUGGGACGACACAGUGAGUUUGCAGCCCAUGCCCUGCUGCUCUCCGUCUGCUCAGCCUGUGGCCAGCUUUUUAUCUUCUACACCAUCGGGCAGUUCGGGGCUGCCAUCUUCACCAUCAUCAUGACCCUCCGCCAGGCCUUUGCCAUCCUUCUCUCCUGCCUCCUGUAUGGCCACACUGUCACUGUGGUGGGGGGGCUGGGUGUGGCUGUGGUCUUUGCCGCUCUUCUCCUGCGAGUCUAUGCCCGGGGUCGCCUAAAGCAACGGGGUAAGAAGGCUGUGCCCAUUGAGUCCCCUGUGCAGAAGGUUUGAGAGGGCAGAGGGGCCAGAGGGGUGAAGUGAAAUAGGACCGGUUUUCCGUUCCAACUUCUUGUCAGAGGUGACUGGCUCGAGGGCAGAAUGCAGGUUUUCUUCUCAGUAUCACAAACCAGCUCUGCAGCUGGGGGUGGAGAGCCCAGGAGGCAGCCUUCCCCUUUGCCUUAAGUCAUACUCCAGUAGGCAGGUGUCUUCUCAGCCCCAGGGCAGGCUAUGACUAGAUGAUUGUCCUCUCAGCCCCAGGGCAGGCUAUGACUAGAUGACUGUCUGCCUGGUGGGGUGGGGGAGGAGGCCAAGGCACCUUCAAGGCCCACUCCCUCUUCCAGGUUCCCCCAUCUCACCCUGGCUGUUGGUUCUGCCAUCAGCACCUCAGCUGUGCUUGUUCCUCACCUUGAACACCUACUCUUCCGGUCCACUCCCUCGAGACACCUGCAUUUCUUACUUUGGUGAGAAAAGCACAAGUACAAGCGCCAGUGCUGCUUUUCCAGGAGGGAGGAGGCGGCAAACCCCACCCAGCACCUCUAUCCCCUCCUAGGCGCUGCUCCAGGAGCCACUUGCAGGUUUUGGUACUUCAAAAAUAAAAAUGUAACUUUUGCUCUUAUAAUUUUAUUAAAUUCCUACAAGAGGCUUGUCCUGUGUUUUGGUUUAUGUAUAUAGGCUUUGGGAAGGGAACUGAAAGGACAUUUAUUACAUAAUUAUUCCAAACUACCUUUAAUAUCAAUGUGUAAAUUCUAAACAGCUGUUUCCAAUAUUUUUUCAACUAAACCAUUGGACUUUGCCCACUACUAAGCUCUGAUUGAUUUAGGUUUUAAUUGUGUACCAUAUACCCCUUAAUCACAAAUGCAUAAUAAAAAACCCAGCUUGCUAUGCCUAGGAUGACAGCAACCACAGUUCAGAGAUGGUAGGAGAAAGUUACGGAAAUAUAAAACGCAGUUACCAUAUGCACAAAGGAGAGCAGAAGUGUAUAAAACAGCAUCUUUAUUUUGCAUACUUUAAUUUCAAAACAAAAUAAAAAAAACCCUCACAAUACACAACACAUCCAACCCCAUUCUCAAAUAAGGGAUGGGACUGGGCCUGAGGCCCUUACAUCCUACCUUACACUCUCAAGAACAGGAGAGGACCGAAAAAAAAAAAAAACCCACUAG